AGGAAAACUGUCUGCUGGCGUCCAAUAACACGCUCAAAAGAUCAGAAAUGGGAUGGAGAUGUUUGGCAAGUGCUGGUGUUUUGAUUGACUGUUGGAAGCAGGCCACACGUGAAGGGUUCACAGAAAAGCUUUGAAAGAAAGACCAUUAUGAAGUUGAACGAGAGGAGUGUGGCGCAUUAUGCCACAUGCAACUCUCCUCCAGACAAGACAGGCUUCCUCUUUAAGAAAGGGGAACGGAACACGGCGUACCACCGCCGCUGGUUUAUUCUGAAAGGCAACAUGCUGUUCUACUUCGAGGAGAGAGAAAGCCGAGAGCCGAUUGGCGUCAUCGUCCUGGAAGGCUGUACGGUGGAGCUCUGCGAGUCUGAAUCCGAAGAGUUCGCCUUCGCCAUUAAAUUCGACUGUGUCAAAGCGAAGGCCUACAAGAUGGCCGCGGAGAACCAGGCCGCUAUGGAAUCGUGGGUCAAGGCUCUGUCACGAGCGAGUUUUGACUACAUGCGGCUGGUCGUGAAGGAGCUGGAGAGGCAGCUGGAGGAGGUACAAGAAGAAGCCAGAUCUUCACAAGCCAAAAGCAAGCCGAAGAAGCACCAGCCGCAAGUGCAAGGAGCAGCAAGCUUCCAACCCGCAACCUUUUCGCUUCAGAACGCCGCCAUUACGGGGCCUUCGCAGGAAGGGGUGUCUAGCAGAGAAAAUGGGGUGUCUUGGAGUAAACCCACCAGUGUGCCAAACGGUGUCAGCGAGGGCUGUGUCUGGGAAGGGGACUGUAGCGGGAGGGGGGAUGUAGUCAAACCACCUCCGGUUCCUCCGCGGAGGAAGACCAACGGUGGGUCACUCGAUAGCCCUGUUUCACCCGGCACAGGUUGCUUCUCCAAACUACACAACUGGUACGGCAAAGAGGUGGCUGAACUGAGAAUAGAAUGGCUGCAGAGCCAGUGAAUGAAAUCCACAAGAGACUCGAAAUAUACAUCCGCACACAAGACGUGCUUAGUGCAAUCUCGGUUAAAGACACAAUCGGUCAAAUUCAUCUAAAAACAAAGAGAGCAUUAGAAUAAUAAUCACUCGUCCACUGUUACUGAUUUUUUUAUUUCGUUAAACAAGACCAAGACAGUUUUUAAAGGAACAUUCUGUCAUUUACUCACCCUCAUGUCUUUCCAAACCUCUCUGGAAAAUCUAGUUUAAAACGUUUUUAAAUACAGGAAAGUACAGUAAAUCUAUGACAAAGUAAACAGCAGUAUUUACCUACAUAUAUUUUUUCUAAAGCAUUUUAAACGAAUAGUGCAAUAUUUUUAAAGCAAGUGCAGUGUUUCUCAUUGUUUUAAAAAAAAAAUGAAAGUAUGCUGAAAAUGUACAUCUAAGAUGUAGAUGUGUUUGUUUCUUCAUGGGAACAGAUUUGGAGAAAUGUAGCAAUACAUCACUUGCUCACCAAUGGAUCCUCUGCAGUGAAUGGGUGCCGUCAGAAUGAGAGUCCGAACAUCUGAUAAAACAUCACAAUAAUCCACACUAACAUCUUGUGAAGCUUAAAUGUUUGUAAGAAAAAAAUGAGUCCAUAAUCCAUAAUAAUGCUCCCCUGUUGCCCUCUCACAUCAAAAGCCACCAAUGCAUUGUUUUCACUUAAUGGUGCUUAAUCUGUGCAUAUUUCUCUCCUGAUUUGGACAAGAUGAAUUUUACUUGUUGAUUAUUGUGAUGUUUUAUCAGCUGUUUGGACUCUCAUUCUGACGGCACCCAUUCACUGCAGAGGUUCCAUUGGUGAGCAAGUGAUGGAAUGCUACAUUUUUCCAAAUCUGUUUGCACGAACAAACAUUUACAUCUUGGAUGGCCUGAGGGUGAGUAAUUUUUAAGCAAAUUUUCAUGUUUAGAUUAACCAUUCCUUUAAUACAAUGAAAAACAUUGCAUUUCCUUGAACUUUGUUGUAGGUUAACCUAAAUGUAUCAUUGAAUCAGUUUUGAAUUGAUUCAUUAGAACACAGUUUAAACCAAUGCACAAAAAUGAAUUAUGCAAUGUUUGCUACUUAAUUGAGAUGCUGUUAAAAUAAUUUUAACAUUCCUGUACUUAGCAGUUUGUGCGACAAGGAAGGUUUGAAAAACAAAUUUAAUGACACAGUCUUUAUGAAACUUAUUAGCAAAAAUAAAAUUUGCAUUAAAUCUUCAAUAAUCUCAGUAAUUACAGUGUUGCAUUGUUGAAUUAAAUAUAUUUAGCAAAGUCUACAGUGCUCUGUUCCAUUUUGAAAAAAAUAAAUGGACACAGGGUCUGUCCAGGUUAAAAAAUGACAAAAAAGCACCAUGAAAGUAUCAUAAAGCUAGUCUAAGUGACUUGUGUGCAAACAGUAGAUUUAGGAAAAGCCUAGCAUUUGUGUGUUUGCAUGUUUCUCGAGGUUUGACGUUAUGAUGCCAAACAUUGGUUCUCACAUCUCGUUGACAUUGGAAGACAUCACUUCCAUGAUGUGUCUUGAUGCACCUUGAUGCAAAAUUUUUGAGAUUCUAAGUGAAAAAUAAUCAUUUAAAAUUUGGCACACAAAGAUUUAUGACUUCAGAAUACUUCGAUUUGGUGCAUAGGUUGUAUGGACAACAUUUAUGGUGCUUUAAGUUAUUUUUGGAGCAUGACAGUCCCAGUCCCCAUUGUUUAAAAAAAAAGAAAAAAAGAAAGAGCAUUCUGGAUGUUCAGCCAAAUGUCGUCUUUUGUGUUCGUGGAAGCAAGAAAGUGAUACGUGUUUGGAACGACAUGAGACUGAGUAAAUGAUGAUGCUGUUUUCUUUUUCUUUUUCUUUUUGUUUAAACUGUUCCUAUAAAAUCUCACACUUAGAUCAUUUGGGGAUUUUCCUAGAACCUUGUGUUGAAGUGACUUGCCAUUUCCUUCUCAUUUGUAUUUUUAUUAUUAUUAUUUUUUUUAAUUGAGGUCUUACUUGCAUAACAUGAAUUUCCUCUUUCACAAUAUUUGUCUUGAUAAAAAGAAAAGCGGUACCAGUUCCGUGUUUUCAGAUUCACAGACACUUGAAUGUUAAGUAUUACAGUGCCAAAGCUGGUCUAUGGCAAUUUGUAAUCAUUUUACAAUAUAAAGUAGCAAAAAAAAAAAUAUUGCUUAACAGCACAAAAAGUAAGAUGUUUCCCAAGAUUUUUGGUGGUGUAUUUUAGGAUAUCUACAAUCCAACCUGCCAAAAACAUAAUUGCCAAAAUGAUUUCUAACUGUAAUAGUGUCUCAGACAAUGGACUUGUCUAACUAGCCAGCUAACAUGUAAACUUACAUUGAUGGAUCUUUUUUCUAAGCAGAUCUAAUACACAGUUAUUCAAUUUUAGGUUAAGCUUUGCUUUGCUUAAUCAUAUAUUAUCAUUCUAGCCAAUAAGCGUGUUAAUGCUUUGCCUUGCCUUUUAAAACUGACCAAUUAUAGUCAUCAUACUGUGACCAACAUUUAAUACGUUAAAGAAUAUAUACAGACAGCUUAUUAAUGGCUUUUGUAAAUGCAUUUUAAUGGUACAAAUUGUGUGCAAUCAUAUAAUCAUAUUUGGGGAGAUUUAACCUAUAGUGACUCUAAAUGGGAUACGUGGCUGGCCAACCGCAGUGCCUUCAGAUUUCAUCUAAAACACUGUGUUAGAUUCCACAAUGCCAAUACAAAAACACCAGCAAAUAAGAGAUGAAUGUGGAUUAACAGCUUGUGUAUUAACCAGGUACUGAUAGUAAAAUGACAACAACUGCAAUAAAGUUCACUUGUUGCUGAAAAGGUUGUAUUGCAAUAACCAGAUCCGAAUGUUUGGUCAAAACAGGCCUUGAAAAUUACAUUGUAUAGAAUAUUAAAUUUGAAGGAAACAAGAAUGUACGUUUAAUGUUUUCAAAUGAGUCAAAUAAAGAUGAGCGUCCUCAUAAAAUA